GCGUACUCGGUCCCCGACCUCGCGUACCCCUUCGAAGCUCUCGAACCUUACAUUGACACACCCACGAUGAAGAUCCACCACGACAAGCAUCACGGAACCUACGUUGCCAACAUUAACAAGGCUACCGAAGGCAAGGACGAGGUGCCCAUUCUUGAUUUGAUGGAGAACGCUAUCGAAGCGGGUCCGGCCUACCGCAACAGUGGCGGUGGGCACUACAAUCAUGCCUUUUUCUGGGACGAAAUGGCUCCUCCGGAUCAAGCCAAGAACACCAAGCCCUCUGCGCAGCUUGUCGACCUCAUCAAUGCCAGUUUCGGAAGCAUGGACGAAAUGAAGUCCAAAUUCGAAGCCCUCGCCGCUCCAGGAGCCACCUUUGGAUCCGGAUGGGUAUGGGUUUGCGUUAACCAGAAGGGGGACGAACUCAAGCUCGUCAACACACCCAAUCAGGACAAUCCGCUCAUGAAGGGAGUCGCGGACGAAAUCAUGUUCCCCAUUCUGGGUUUGGAUGUCUGGGAACACGCUUACUACCUCAAGUACCAAAACCGACGUCCGGAAUACGUCUCCAACUUUUGGAAUGUCGUCAACUGGGACAAGGUCAGCGAAAACUGUGCCUACGUGGUCGAGAAGCACGUUGGCGUGAGCGUUCGCGGGUAA